AUGUCUGCAAAAUCUGUUCCAAUUAUAUGUUCUUUAGUUAUAUUUUCUGUGGAAAGUAAAUCUUUACUUGAUCAUUAUAGGUGUUUAAAAAAGGGAUGCAUUGCUCACCAGAGUAUUUGUGCCUGCGCUAAUCCCAAAAUUUCCCUCUAUAUUCGAUAUAAUAGUGAGGAAUUAUAAACAAUGCUUAAAACUGUCGAAUCAAAGGCCAACUCAAAAACGGGGUAGUGA